AUGGCUACAGAAGGGCAAACGUACACCAAUAUGAAGAAGGCCUCCAACAUGCUCGGGGAGCCGGUUAUCUCGUCCAUCUCAGAGGUCCCAAUUACCACGCAGCGGAAACCGUUCCUGCAGCCCGAGGAUGACCAGAGACUUUCCCACACUGGUAGAUCAUUCUCCCUAGGUAGCGUUAGUAGAAAAGUGGAGUUAACCAUCGCCAAAGGCACUGCUCGGGCCAACAUGGCUGCGACGCACGAUCGUCCGAACGGCACGACGGAGUAUGAUUGGAACAAAAUUCAUCGUCAUCAAACUGUAUUGCAACAACACUGCGAGUUCUUCGACCGUGACCAAGAUGGUGUCAUCUGGCCACUCGACACCUUUAUUGGAUUUUACAAGCUCGGUUUUGGACUCAUUCUCUCAACAAUCUCGGUUUUCAUCAUUCACGGCAAUUUCUCCUAUCCCACGGUGCGCGGGUACUUACCCGAUCCCUUCUUCCGCAUCUUCAUCGACAACAUCCACAAGGAUAAGCACGGAAGUGACAGCGGCGCGUACGACACUGAGGGCCGGUUUAGCUCUCAAAAGUUUGAAGACAUAUUUGCCAAGUAUGCCGAGGGCAGGGACUACAUGACGAUUGGUGACAUUUUUGCCAUGCUCAAGGGCAACCGGGUAAUCGCCGACCCUGUUGGCUGGGGAGGAGCAUUUUUUGAAUGGAUUGCCACUUAUAUAAUGCUUUGGCCUGCCGAUGGCCGGAUCUGGAAGGAAGAUAUCCGUGGCAUUUAUGACGGCAGCCUCUUCUACACUAUUGCUGCCAGAAGAUCCCAAAAGAAGGACGUCCAAUCUAAGCACAAUUAG